AUGGAUUCUCAAUUAAUCCUCGAGUGUUUUGCUGGAACUCUACAAGCUAAUCUAGAAUUAAGAAAUCAUAGUGAAAAAAAACUAAAAGAAUUAUCAUCACAACAAGGUUUUUUACAAUGUUGUUUAAAUCUUUUAUCUGAAUCAUCAACUCCAAUUGAUAUAAAAAAGGCAAUAGCUGUUUAUUUUAAAAAUAGAAUUAUAAAAUAUUGGAAUAAUAAAGAUAGUGGAAUUCAAUUUAAAAUUAAUCAAGAUGAAAGAAUUAUUAUCAAGGAUAAAAUACUAUCAGUUAUAUUAAUUUGUGAUUAUAAUAUUAAACAGCAAUUAGUUCCAGUAUUAAGAUUAUUAAUUGCAUUAGAAUUUGAUAAUUGGAAUUCACUUUUAGAUCAAAUUGGUGAAUUAUUAACUCAACUGCAAAAUUCUGAACAAAAUUUAUAUACUGCAAUGCUUUGUUUUAAAGAAAUUGCAAGAAAAUUUAAAUGGUCAGAUAAUCAAUCAAGAGAAAUCAAGUUAUAUCCAAUUAUAAAUCAAGCAUUUCCGUAUAUCUUGAAUAUUGGGAAAGGUAUUAUUAGCAAUGUUGACCAAGGUACAGAAAUUACUGAAAUUCAAGCAGAAAUUAUAAAAUUAAUUUUAAAAUCUUAUAAAUAUGUCACUUAUUUUGAUUUACCAGAACCUUUAAGAUCAAAAGAUCAAGUUUUCCAAUGGGGUGAAUUUCAUGCAUCAAUAAUCAAUAUCAAACCUCCAUCUUAUGUAUUGAAUGAUUCAUUAAGUGAACAAGAAAAAUCUUUUUAUCAAAUUUCCAAAUGUUAUAAAUGGGCAAUUGCAAAUAUUUUGAGAUUAUUUAUACGAUAUGCCUCAUCAAACACUUUAAGUAAAAAAGUUUCAUAUAAAGAAUUUCAUCAAUUAUUCAUAUCUGAAUUUAUACCACAUUUCAUUCAACAAUUUUUAACUAUAAUUGAAGAAUAUUGUCAUGGUAAAAGAUGGUUAUGUAUUACUUCAUUAUAUCAAUUAUUAGAAUUUUUAAGUCAUUGUAUAGUUGAAAAACCAACUUGGACGAUUAUAAAACCAUAUUUUGAAACAAUUACAACUCAUUUGGUUUAUCCAAUUAUAUGCCCUACUGAUCAUGUUUUAGAAAUUUAUGAAGAAGAUCCUCAAGAAUAUAUAAAUUUAUGUUUUGAUCAGACUGGUGAAUAUGAUAAUCCCGAAUCUGCUGCAUUAGGAUUUAUUGCAACCGCUCUAUACAAGAGAAAAAAGACAUGUUUAAGUCCAAUUACAAAUUUAAUACAUCAAGAAUUAACAAGUUUACAACAACAAGAAGAAACUUUAGAAGUUGCUAAGAAGAAAGAAGGUUUAUUAAGAAUUUUGGCUAGUAUAUCUGGUUAUUUACCAAAAGACGAAACUAUAGAACCAAUAUUAUCAUCAUUAGUUAUUCCUAAUUUAAAUUCAAAAUAUGAAUUUUUAAAAGCAAGAACAAUUGAAGUUUGUUCACAAUUUGCAGAUACUGAAUUUCAAAAUAAAGAAGUCUUAUCAAAUUUAAUACAUGGAAUAUUGAAAAAUUUCGAUAAUCCUGAGGUUUCGUUACCAGUACAAUUCAAUAGUGCAUUAUCAAUUCAGGCAUUUGUUACAAAUGAAGAAUUUAAACAAGUUUUAUCAACGAUUAUUUUGCCUACUAUGUCCAAACUUCUAGAAUUAUCAAAUGAAAUAGAUAAUGAUGCAAUCUCAGUGGUUAUGCAAGAGUGUGUUGAGAAUUUUUCAGAGCAAUUACAACCAUUUGGGGUUGAUUUAAUGAGUAAAUUAGUCCAACAAUAUAUGAAAUUAGCAGUUGAAUUAAAUGAAGCAUCACAAGUAGAUAUAGAUGAAUUUGAUUCGAAUUAUGAUGAUCAAGGCGAUAAACAAAUGGCAGCUCUUGGGUUUUUAAAUACAAUGAUUACCGUUUUGUUAUCAUUCGAAAAUUCACAAGAGAUUUGUAAUAAGUUAGAAGAAAUUUUUUCACCAGCUAUUGAAUAUGUAUUUAUGAAUGAAAUGGAUGAAUUUUAUGCAGAAAUUGGUGAAUUGAUUGAAAAUUCUACUUUUUUGGUAAGAUCAAUAAGUCCAAUAAUGUGGAACAACUUUAAGUUGUUGUUUAAUAAUUUUCAAAAUGGUACUGCAUUAAUGUAUGUUGAAGAAUUAAUGCCAUCUUUACAAAAUUAUUUAAUUUAUGGUAAAUCACAAUUACAAAACGAUGAAAAUUUGAUUGAAUCAAUGGUUAUAAUUUUUCAAUUAAUAACCGCUGACUCAGGUGAUGAUUUAGGAAUUGUAGAUUUAAUUUUAGCUUAUGAAUAUGCACAAACUUUGAUUUUGUGUCUAGAAAAUAAAUCAGAACCACUUAUAUCAAAAUUUUUAGAAAUUGUUUUAUCAAAUGAUUCAAAGAAUGACAAGAGAAAAUUAACGAGUUCUUACACCAUAGACUCAUAUAAUGUUAUAAUUGCAUCGAUCAUAUAUUGUAAUGAAACUACAAUUUCAAUAUUAAAUAAUUCAAAUUUUUUGGUCAAAUUUUUAACAAAUUGGUUUGAAUUAAUUCCACAAUUAGAAAGAGUAUAUGAUUUAAAAUUAUCGUUAUUGGCAUUAGUUAGUUUAUCAAAAGUUCCAAAUUUAGAUCAACAAAUAUUUGAAUCAUUAUCGGAUAAAUACGUUACAUUAUUAAAGAAAUUAUCAAUAGCAAUACCCGAAUUAGAUAAGAAAAGAAAAAACAUAGAUGAAAUAAACAGUAAUCCUAAUUUUGAAUUUAAUGAAGAAAUAUUAAGUAGAAUAGGAGGAAAUGAUGAUGAUGAAGAAGAAGAGGAAGAUGGAAAUUGGGAAGAUGAAUUUGAAGCAACAACUCAAGAAACAUCAACAUCAGAUGAUGAAGCAACACGACAAUAUAUAGAAUUUUUAAAUUCAGAAGAUUCAAAAUUACAAAAUUCUGGAUUUUUUGAUCAAUCUGAUGAAACAGUUCAUGAAGAUCCUUUACAAACUACUCCAUUAGAUGAAAUAAAUCCAUUUGAAAUUUUUAAAAUUUUUUUAAAAAAUUUACAAGAAAAUGAUUUAUCACAAUUUCAAAUAUUAUUUGGUAAUUUAAAUGAUGAUGAUCAAAAAUUAAUUAUUGACUUAAUUAAUAUUUGA